AUGUCCGGUCACAAUGGACGGAUCUCUGAAGUGUCAGUCAUCGAUUCUCUUCUUACCGACGGCGAUUACGCGGGAUACAUGGGCAAUGGUCAUAGGGAAUCGCUGCGCUUGUCGGAGGUGCUCGACCUCGAGUCUUACGACGAUGAUCGCUUGUCCAACCUAAGUGGCAUCUCGGAAGGCGCAGGUGACCGCAACAGACAGCGAAAAUCUGCGGUUGAAAGGACGGUGAAAGAAAAUGAAGAGACCUUCUCGGAAAACGAGAACGAGCGCGAGCUGUGCGGUGGUUGUGGCCUAGUUCUGGAGGGAGAAGCGGUCGGACCCCUGAGCCAGUAUUUUCACUAUGCGGUGCGCGUUCCACCAAUGAUGCUAUCAGGCUCGUUUCGGCAAAAAGUGCCACCGAUGCGACAAAGUGCUUUAGAAGAAAAAAAGUGGUCAAAGCCCUCGACCAUCUUUACCACCCAGACUGCUUUGUAUGCAGUGCCUCCCUUUCAGGUACGCGACGAAACCACAGAGAGUUUCUUCGAGCACGAAGGCCAGGCUGUUUGUGCGAAAUGCAAACACGAAGCAAUCGCGCAGGACGAGCCGAGCUUUCCAGAGAACAUGGCCCCAGUGUCCAAUGGUGUUGCUGGCUAUCGGUACGACGCCCAGGACGACACACAACUGACUAUUUAUCCUGGCGACGAAGUCGCUAUUCUCGAGAAGGAUGACGAUGGCUGGUGGAUCUGCGCAGCAAGCGUGGUUACGUACCAGGCUCCUACUUAA